AUGGGGGUGGAUGUGGAUAUACUAGAUAAUGGAAGUGGGACUGACCAGAUUCCUAUACCCGAAGUUGCGAGCAAUACAGUGGGCACUACACAAUUAACACAGUCUAGCCAAGUUCAAGAUGAUGAAACAGGUUUUUAUAAAGGAAUGUCAUUCAAGAACAAGGAAGCACUAGCAACUUCGUUGAAACUUGCUUGCUUGAAGAAAGAUUUCAAAAUCAAGAAGGUGAUUAAUUCGCAUUAUGUGUAUUGCUUCAGAUGUGUACAUCCGAAGUGCAAGUGGUGGCUGAGGGCUGUGAAGCUUUUAAGUUCUGACAGAUUUUUUAUCAGAACCUACAUAAAGCAUCACACAUGUGGUUCUGAGCACAUUACGAGUCAUAAUCCACACGCUACAGCGAAAGUCAUUGGUGAAUACUUCAAAGAUAGGUUUCCUUACGAUAAAGGCCCAUCAACAAAAGAUAUGAGUCAAUCAAUCCGUACAGAAUUGGGUUGUAAGGUAAGUUAUUGGAAGGUCUGGAAGGGCAUGGAGAUUGCAAAGGCUUUGACAAGGGGGACACAUGAGCACGGGCAUGCGGUGCUUAAUGCGUACCGUUAUAUGCUUCAUUCUGCAAAUCCAGGAAGUAAAACAGCAUUGAAGGUUGAUGAAAGUGGGAAGUUCAAGUACUUUUUUGUAGCCUAUCAGGCUUGGAUGCUUGGUUUUGCGCAAAUUAAAAAGGUCAUAGCUGUCGAUGGCAUAUUCUUGAGGAGCAAAUAUGAAGGAGUGUUGUUGUCAGCAGUCGCACAAGAUGCGGAGAAUCAUAUUUUUUCGGUGGCAUUUUGUGUAGUGGACAAGGAGUGUGAUGCUUCGUACAAAUAUUUGUUUGAACAAAUGAGAAGCUAA